ACCCUUGAUUUAUUCCACAUUUUGUUGUGUUACAGCCCUGAAUUCAAAAUGGAUUAAAUAUAUUUUUAUUGUCAUCCAUCUACACACAAUACCCCAUCAUGACAAAGUGGAGAGAAAAAUAUAUUUUUAUUCUCAUCCAUCUACACACAAUACCCCAUCAUGACAAAGUGGAGAGAAAAAUAUAUUUUUAUUCUCAUCCAUCUACACACAAUACCCCAUCAUGACAAAGUGGAGAGAAAAAUAUAUUUUUAUUCUCAUCCAUCUACACACAAUACCCCAUCAUGACAAAGUGGAGAAAAAAUAUAUUUUUAGACAUUUUUGCAAAUGUAUUGAAAAUGAAAUACAGAAAUAUCUCAUGUACAUAAGAAUUCACACACCCUAAGUCAAUAGAUGUUAGAAUCACCUUUGGCAGCGAUUACAGCUGUUAGUCUUUCUGGGUAAGUCUCUGAGAUUGAUUACAGGUGUUAGUCUUUCUGGGUAAGUCUCUAAGAUUGAUUACAGCUGUUAGUCUUUCUGGGUAAGUCUCUGAGAUUGAUUACAGGUGUUAGUCUUUCUGGGUAAGUCUCUAAGAUUGAUUACAGGUGUUAGUCUUUCUGGGUAAAUCUCUAAGAUUGAUUACAGGUGUUAGUCUUUCUGGGUAAAUCUCUAAGAUUGAUUACAGGUGUUAGUCUUUCUGGGUAGGUCUCUAAGAUUGAUUACAGCUGUGAGUCUUUCUGGGUAAAUCUCUAAGAUUGAUUACAGGUGUUAGUCUUUCUGGGUAAGUCUCUAAUAUUGAUUACAGAUGUUAGUCUUUCUGGGUAGGUCUCUAAGAUUGAUUACAGCUGUGAGUCUUUCUGGGUAAAUCUCUAAGAUUGAUUACAGGUGUUAGUCUUUCUGGGUAAGUCUCUAAGAUUGAUUACAGGUGUUAGUCUUUCUGGGUAAAUCUCUAAGAUUGAUUACAGGUGUUAGUCUUUCUGGGUAGGUCUCUAAGAUUGAUUACAGGUGUUAGUCUUUCUGGGUAAGUCUCUAAGAUUGAUUACAGGUGUUAGUCUUUCUGGGUAAAUCUCUAAGAUUGAUUACAGGUGUUAGUCUUUCUGGGUAGGUCUCUAAGAUUGAUUACAGGUGUUAGUCUUUCUGGGUAAAUCUCUAAGAUUGAUUACAGGUGUUAGUCUUUCUGGGUAAAUCUCUAAGAUUGAUUACAGGUGUUAGUCUUUCUGGGUAAGUCUCUAAGAUUGAUUACAGAUGUUAGUCUUUCUGGGUAAAUCUCUAAGAUUGAUUACAGGUGUUAGUCUUUCUGGGUAAAUCUCUAAGAUUGAUUACAGGUGUUAGUCUUUCUGGGUAAGUCUCUAAGAUUGAUUACAGCUGUGAGUCUUUCUGGGUAAGUCUCUAAGAUUGAUUACAGGUGUUAGUCUUUCUGGGUAAAUCUCUAAGAUUGAUUACAGGUGUUAGUCUUUCUGGGUAAGUCUCUAAGAUUGAUUACAGGUGUUAGUCUUUCUGGGUAAAUCUCUAAGAUUGAUUACAGGUGUUAGUCUUUCUGGGUAAAUCUCUAAGAUUGAUUACAGGUGUUAGUCUUUCUGGGUAAAUCUCUAAGAUUGAUUACAGGUGUUAGUCUUUCUGGGUAAAUCUCUAAGAUUGAUUACAGGUGUUAGUCUUUCUGGGUAAGUCUCUAAGAUUGAUUACAGGUGUUAGUCUUUCUGGGUAAGUCUCUAAGAUUGAUUACAGCUGUUAGUCUUUCUGGGUAAAUCUCUAAGAUUGAUUACAGGUGUUAGUCUUUCUGGGUAAAUCUCUAAGAUUGAUUACAGAUGUUAGUCUUUCUGGGUAGGUCUCUAAGAUUGAUUACAGGUGUUAGUCUUUCUGGGUAAGUCUCUAAGAGUGAUUACAGCUGUGAGUCUUUCUGGGUAAAUCUCUAAGAUUGAUUACAGAUGUUAGUCUUUCUGGGUAAGUCUCUAAGAUUGAUUACAGGUGUUAGUCUUUCUGGGUAAGUCUCUAAGAUUGAUUACAGGUGUGAGUCUUUCUGGGUAAAUCUCUAAGAUUGAUUACAGGUGUUAGUCUUUCUGGGUAAAUCUCUAAGAUUGAUUACAGGUGUUAGUCUUUCUGGGUAAGUCUCUAAGAUUGAUUACAGGUGUUAGUCUUUCUGGGUAAAUCUCUAAGAUUGAUUACAGGUGUUAGUCUUUCUGGGUAAAUCUCUAAGAUUGAUUACAGGUGUUAGUCUUUCUGGGUAAAUCUCUAAGAUUGAUUACAGGUGUUAGUCUUUCUGGGUAAAUCUCUAAGAUUGAUUACAGAUGUUAGUCUUUCUGGGUAAAUCUCUAAGAUUGAUUACAGGUGUUAGUCUUUCUGGGUAAAUCUCUAAGAUUGAUUACAGGUGUUAGUCUUUCUGGGUAAGUCUCUAAGAUUGAUUACAGGUGUUAGUCUUUCUGGGUAAGUCUCUAAGAGUGAUUACAGCUGUGAGUCUUUCUGGGUAAGUCUCUAAGAUUGAUUACAGGUGUUAGUCUUUCUGGGUAAAUCUCUAAGAUUGAUUACAGGUGUUAGUCUUUCUGGGUAAAUCUCUAAGAUUGAUUACAGGUGUUAGUCUUUCUGGGUAAGUCUCUAAGAUUGAUUACAGGUGUUAGUCUUUCUGGGUAAAUCUCUAAGAUUGAUUACAGGUGUUAGUCUUUCUGGGUAAAUCUCUAAGAUUGAUUACAGAUGUUAGUCUUUCUGGGUAAGUCUCUAAGAUUGAUUACAGGUGUUAGUCUUUCUGGGUAAAUCUCUAAGAUUGAUUACAGGUGUUAGUCUUUCUGGGUAAGUCUCUAAGAUUGAUUACAGGUGUUAGUCUUUCUGGGUAAAUCUCUAAGAUUGAUUACAGGUGUUAGUCUUUCUGGGUAAAUCUCUAAGAUUGAUUACAGGUGUUAGUCUUUCUGGGUAAAUCUCUAAGAUUGAUUACAGAUGUUAGUCUUUCUGGGUAAAUCUCUAAGAUUGAUUACAGCUGUGAGUCUUUCUGGGUAAGUCUCUAAGAUUGAUUACAGGUGUUAGUCUUUCUGGGUAAAUCUCUAAGAUUGAUUACAGGUGUUAGUCUUUCUGGGUAAAUCUCUAAGAUUGAUUACAGGUGUUAGUCUUUCUGGGUAAAUCUCUAAGAUUGAUUACAGGUGUGAGUCUUUCUGGGUAAAUCUCUAAGAUUGAUUACAGGUGUUAGUCUUUCUGGGUAAAUCUCUAAGAUUGAUUACAGGUGUUAGUCUUUCUGGGUAAAUCUCUAAGAUUGAUUACAGGUGUUAGUCUUUCUGGGUAAAUCUCUAAGAUUGAUUACAGGUGUUAGUCUUUCUGGGUAAAUCUCUAAGAUUGAUUACAGGUGUUAGUCUUUCUGGGUAAAUCUCUAAGAUUGAUUACAGAUGUUAGUCUUUCUGGGUAAAUCUCUAAGAUUGAUUACAGAUGUUAGUCUUUCUGGGUAAAUCUCUAAGAUUGAUUACAGGUGUGAGUCUUUCUGGGUAAAUCUCUAAGAUUGAUUACAGGUGUUAGUCUUUCUGGGUAAAUCUCUAAGAUUGAUUACAGAUGUUAGUCUUUCUGGGUAAAUCUCUAAGAUUGAUUACAGGUGUUAGUCUUUCUGGGUAAAUCUCUAAGAUUGAUUACAGGUGUUAGUCUUUCUGGGUAAAUCUCUAAGAUUGAUUACAGGUGUGAGUCUUUCUGGGUAAAUCUCUAAGAUUGAUUACAGGUGUUAGUCUUUCUGGGUAAGUCUCUAAUAUUGAUUACAGGUGUUAGUCUUUCUGGGUAAAUCUCUAAGAUUGAUUACAGGUGUUAGUCUUUCUGGGUAAAUCUCUAAGAUUGAUUACAGGUGUUAGUCUUUCUGGGUAAAUCUCUAAGAUUGAUUACAGGUGUUAGUCUUUCUGGGUAAAUCUCUAAGAUUGAUUACAGGUGUUAGUCUUUCUGGGUAAAUCUCUAAGAUUGAUUACAGCUGUGAGUCUUUCUGGGUAAAUCUCUAAGAUUGAUUACAGGUGUUAGUCUUUCUGGGUAAAUCUCUAAGAUUGAUUACAGGUGUUAGUCUUUCUGGGUAAGUCUCUAAGAUUGAUUACAGGUGUUAGUCUUUCUGGGUAAGUCUCUAAGAUUGAUUACAGGUGUUAGUCUUUCUGGGUAAAUCUCUAAGAUUGAUUACAGGUGUUAGUCUUUCUGGGUAAAUCUCUAAGAUUGAUUACAGGUGUUAGUCUUUCUGGGUAAAUCUCUAAGAGUGAUUACAGGUGUUAGUCUUUCUGGGUAGGUCUCUAAGAUUGAUUACAGGUGUUAGUCUUUCUGGGUAAAUCUCUAAGAUUGAUUACAGGUGUUAGUCUUUCUGGGUAAAUCUCUAAGAUUGAUUACAGCUGUGAGUCUUUCUGGGUAAAUCUCUAAGAUUGAUUACAGGUGUUAGUCUUUCUGGGUAAAUCUCUAAGAUUGAUUACAGGUGUUAGUCUUUCUGGGUAAGUCUCUAAGAUUGAUUACAGGUGUUAGUCUUUCUGGGUAAGUCUCUAAGAUUGAUUACAGGUGUUAGUCUUUCUGGGUAAAUCUCUAAGAUUGAUUACAGGUGUUAGUCUUUCUGGGUAAAUCUCUAAGAUUGAUUACAGGUGUUAGUCUUUCUGGGUAAAUCUCUAAGAGUGAUUACAGGUGUUAGUCUUUCUGGGUAGGUCUCUAAGAUUGAUUACAGGUGUUAGUCUUUCUGGGUAAAUCUCUAAGAUUGAUUACAGGUGUUAGUCUUUCUGGGUAAAUCUCUAAGAUUGAUUACAGGUGUUAGUCUUUCUGGGUAAAUCUCUAAGAUUGAUUACAGGUGUUAGUCUUUCUGGGUAAAUCUCUAAGAGCUUUGAACCACCCAUUAUUAUUAUCUGUUAAAUUGGUAUUGAUCGUUGCUAGGCAACUGUUUACAAGUCUGGCCGUAGAUUUUAAAGCAGAUUUUUUUUUUAACUGUAACUCGUCCAAUCAGGAACAUUCACUGUCGUCUUGGUAAUCAGCUCCAGUGUAGAAUCCUGGUGUUUUAGGUUCUUGUCUGGUGAGAGGUGAAUUCAUCUCACCAUUGUCCUGUUGAAAGGUGAAUUCAUCUCACCAUUGUCCUGUUGAAAGGUGAAUUCAUCUCACCAUUGUCCUGUUGAAAGGUGAAUUCAUCUCACCAUUGUCCUGUUGAAAGGUGAAUUCAUCUCACCAUUGUCCUGUUGAAAGGUGAAUUCAUCUCACCAUUGUCCUGUUGAAAGGUGAAUUCAUCUCACCGUUGUCCUGUUGAAAGGUGAAUUCAUCUCACCAUUGUCCUGUUGAAAGGUGAAUUCAUCUCACCAUUGUCCUGUUGAAAGGUGAAUUCAUCUCACCAUUGUCCUGUUGAAAGGUGAAUUCAUCUCACCAUUGUCCUGUUGAAAGGUGAAUUCAUCUCACCAUUGUCCUGUUGAAAGGUGAAUUCAUCUCACCAUUGUCUGGUGAAAAGCAGACUGAACCAGGUUUUCAUCUAGGAUUUUGCCUGCACUUAAAUCCAAUUACUUAUAUAUAUUUUUAUCCUGACCACCUCCCCAGUCAUUAACGAUUACAACCCAAAACACUCAGGCUCCCGAGUGGCACAGCCAUCUAAACCACUGCAUCUCAGUGCAAGAGGUGAUACCUGUAAUUCUUGGUAGUGACUGGGUGUAUUGAUACACCAUCCAAAGUGUAAUUAAGAACUUCACCAUGUUGCUCAAAGGGAUAUUACAUUUACAUUUAAGUCAUUUAGCAGACGCUCUUAUCCAGAGCGACUUACAAAUUCAAUGUCUGAUUUUUUUUUUAAAGCCAUCUAUCAAUAGGUGCCCUUCUUUCCAAGGCAUUGGAAAACCUCCCUGGUCUCUGUGGUUGAAUCUGUGUUUUGGAAAUUCAUUGCUCGACUGAGGGACCUUACAGAUAAUUAUAUGUGUGUGGGGAACAGCGAUGAAGCAGUCAAUUAAACAAAUAAUGUUGAACACUAUUAUUGCACACAGAGUGAGUCCGUGCAACUUAUUAUGUGACUUGUUAGGAUAAGUAAUCCUUCUCCCCCCCUUUAAGAUUUAGAUGCACUAGUGUAAAGUGACUAUUAUACUGGAUGUCAUAAGGUGAAUGCACUAAUUUGUAAGUCGCUCUGGAUAAGAGCGUCUGCUAAAUGACUGAAAUGUAAAAUGUAAUGUAAAUGUUACUCCUGAACUUAUUUAGCCGUAACGAAGUGGUUUAAUAGUUAUUGACUCAAGACAUUUCAGCUUUUCCUUUUUUAUUAAUUUGUAAGAAUCUCAAAAAGCAUAAUUCCACAUUGACAUUAUGGGGCAUUGUGGGUAGGCCAGUGGCCAGUGACAAUUACUAUUAUAUUUUUUUUACCAUUUCAAAUUUAGGCUGUAACAUAACAACCUGGAUAAAAUGUGAAUACUUUCUAUAAACUUAUUUUAAUCCUAUGUUUAGUUAAUUCAUUAAAGAAAGGUUCUAUAAAAUGUGAAUACUUUCUAUAAACUUAUUUUAAUCCUAUGUUUAGUUAAUUCAUUAAAGAAAGGUUCUAUAAAAUGUUUUGUUUAAAAAAAUAUUUAAAAAUAAAUAAAUGUAAACACAGAAAAUAUAAAGAAACUAUUAUAGCCUCUGGUUAAAACUAUCAUAUGUUGAUAUCAUGGAUGGGCAAUCCUUGCAUCCACAGGUCUGUCUAUGAAUUUGAGAGCGGUUCCAUUUCUCCUUGCUCAUCCCUCAAGCUGGUUACCUGGACCUCUUUAAUGAAAAAUAAAAGAUAUGUUCCUUUUAUGUAACAAAAUGUAGAACUAACAUAGUCCUGUCUAGUUUGUUAUUUAUUCCAGAAUAAAGGUCUCUGGUAUCUAUUGUUAUAUUACCAUAAUAAAAGUCUGGUGCAUAAUAAACAGGCCUGGUGUCAGCUAGGGUUGUCCAACGCCAGGUCCUGUUGAUAUAUAGAGUCAGGGGUAAGUGAGGCUAUUGAGCACUUAGCUGUUAUCCUCUCUCAGUGAGAUAAGGCUAGUGAGGACACAGCCCUAACCCUGGCCCCAACCCUGGCCCCAACCCUAAACCUUACCCUGGCCCCAACCCUAAACCUAACCCUAAACCUGGCCCUAAUAUACUGUAACUUUUGACUCUUCAGUUAGACAUGUGAGUUCCCAUUCUUAGCCCCGAUGACGUGUACACUGACUUGGCGUGGGUUUAGUGCUAACAUGUGUCCUCGCACUGAAAUGAUUUAAAGAGAGGAUUUGGCUUCAGCCAAUAGUCAAUGUAGCUGCUCCUUUGAUGUCCAAUCACAAUAUUAGAAACCCUUUGUCACUGCAAAUAAAGUCAGGCUAUGCCUACUGGAUUGAAGUGUUUGACUAAAAACAAUCGCAUUUCUCCAAAACACGAAGGGCUAUAAUACCAAUAGAAAUGAAUAGCAAAUGGACUGGUAAAGAGGUCUGAGAAUAUGUGAAAAUACUGUCCCGUUUGUGAACGCUCCUGUCAACGGGCAGGACAUCGGACAGCUCUAUAUUUGUUCCUUUUAAGAUCGACUUUCCUCGAGUUUCACCCUAAAUCUUCGGGCUCCCCAUGGCGUUUCAGGCUACAGCUUAACCUUCCCAAGAAGGUUAU